UGGUAUUAGUCUGGUCAUCCUCAACCUUAUAUUGCCACAUUUGCGUCCUACCCCAAACAGUUUGCCAAACCUAUUUUGACCUGAUUGCGCUAGGUGUACGUGGACGGGAACUGCUAGUGCCGUCUCUUCGUUUACCUCACUACAUACUCUCCGGAACGCUAGUAACAUUCAUUUGAGAAGUCUUACUUUUAGCCAACGUUCGACGGCCAUGUGGGCUACCACCGUUGGUGGUGAUGCCCUUCGCCGCAGAGAGGCCGGGAUGCCGACAAACCAAUGGCACCGCGGUGACACUCACCCAGACGAUAUAACGCCUACGACCGGAGGUACAGGGGACUCGGACGCCGGCAACGGACCUGGUAGCUCUGGUGCAGCUGGAAAUGAGGAUGGCACUUGGGGUGAGCGUGACGUCGGCGGCGUCGACGAGUAUGAAGCUAUGGAGGAACUGGACGUGUUGAGGCACAAUCUUUCUCAGCUACACCGAGAAAGAACCCAGGAAACACAAGCUAGCAGGCCAUUUGACCUAACGCAAGUAAAGAGUCGUCGUAGCGAGGCGGCCGCCAACUUAUCUAGGAGGCAGACGAAGCAAGCUGAAGCCGGUGAGCUUGAUAUGGAUGAAAAGCCUGGAACCGAAGAAGACGAAUUCGAGCUGGGAAAGUUUAUGCGCGACGGUCACUUCGAAAAGCGAACGGAAGAUGGAUCUGAGAAGCGAGUCGGCGUCAUCUAUAAGAAUCUCACCGUCAAGGGGGUCGCAAGUACAUCUUCAUUCGUCCGCACUGUGCCAGAUGCGAUAAUAGGGACUUUCGGGCCUGAUUUGUAUAAAAUUCUCACACGUUAUUUUCCUAUUCUUCGAUUUGGGAGGAAACAACCGACCCGCACGCUGAUCCACGACUUUACCGGUUGUGUACGAGACGGUGAGAUGAUGCUAGUAUUGGGCCGCCCGGGUUCCGGAUGCAGCACGUUUCUCAAAGCCGUCAGCAACAACACCGAAUCCUUCGCAGCCGUCGAAGGAGAGCUAUCCUACGGUGGAAUCCCGGCCCAUAAACAGAAGCAGAUGUACCGAGGAGAAGUGAACUACAAUUCCGAGGACGACAUCCAUUUUGCCUCGCUCAACGUCUGGCAGACGUUCACCUUUGCUCUCAUGAACAAAACGAAAAAGGGGGCAAAGGAGGAGAUCCCAAUCAUCGCCAAUGCGUUGAUGAAAAUGUUCGGCAUUAGCCACACGAAAUACACCCUAAUCGGGGACGAGUACAUAAGAGGAGUGUCCGGCGGCGAGCGUAAACGAGUGUCCAUUGCUGAGACGUUGGCAUCGAAGUCGACUGUAAUGGCGUGGGACAAUUCUACGCGCGGGUUAGACGCGUCGACAGCUCUCGACUAUUCGAAGUCCCUUCGUAUCAUGACCGACGUCAGCAAUCGCACCACGCUGGUGACGUUAUACCAAGCUGGCGAGGGUAUCUACGAACUCAUGGACAAGGUUAUGGUCAUAGAUCAAGGUCGACAAAUAUUUUCGGGGCCAGCCAAGGACGCCAAGCAAUAUUUCAUCGACCUCGGCUUCGAGUGCCCGGAGAGGCAGACCACGGCAGAUUUCCUGACCGCCGUCACCGAUCCAAACGAGAGGAAGUUCAGACCUGGAUUCGAGGAUAGAGCGCCUAAGACCGCCGAGGAGCUGGAGAAGGCGUUCCGCAAUUCUUCGAACUAUCAGAAGCUGCUGGCCGACGUUCGAGAUUACGAGGAACAUCUACAGCGUACCGACUAUGCGGAUGCGAAGAGGUUCGAAGGCGCGGUGCGGGACUCCAAGUCGAAGCAUGUCAGCAAGGAAUCGCCCUAUACCGUUUCGUUCAUUCGCCAAGUAAUGGCUUGCACGAAACGGGAAUUCUGGUUGCUUUUUGGCGACACGGCAACGCUCUGGACGAAAUUCUUCAUUAUUGUGGCGAACGGGUUUAUCGUCGGUUCGAUCUAUUACAAACAGCCUUCCACGACCGCAGGAGCAUUUACACGCGGCGGCGCGCUGUUUUUCUCUAUUGUCUUCCUUGGGUGGCUUCAGCUGUCGGAGCUCACGAGAGCAGUCUCGGGACGAACCGUCGUAUCUCGUCACCGAGACUACGCGUUCUACCGACCAUCCGCCGUGGUCAUUGCCCGAGUCCUCCAGGACAUACCCGUAAUCUUCGUGCAAGUGUGCAUAUUUGGAGUAGCAAUGUAUUUCAUGACCAAUCUUGAUGUCGACGUGAGCAAGUUCUGGAUUUACAUGCUAUUCGUAUACACAACAACCAUAAUGAUCACGGCCAUGUAUCGAAUGUUCGCCAGUUUAUCGCCUGAGAUCAAUACCGCUGUGCGCUUCUCUAGUCUUGCCUUGAACUUGCUUGUCAUUUAUACAGGUUACGUUCUCCCCAAGACACAGCUCCUAAACGACUACAUUUGGUUCGGCUGGCUCUACUGGAUAAACCCGAUAUCUUACAGCUUCGAGGCGGUCUUGACGAAUGAACUCUCGAACCGAAUAAUGGAAUGUGCUCCUCAACAGCUCGUGCCUCAAGGGCCCAACGUUGUACCGGAAUACCAAGGAUGCGCCCUCUCCGGAUCUAAACCAAAUUCUCGAGUAGUCGCAGGUAGCGACUAUUUGGAAACGGCCUUGAGCUACAGCCGUUCCAACUUGUGGCGAAACUUCGGUGUCGUCAUCGCGUUUAUGGUUUUGUAUAUCAUCAUCACGGUCCUCGCGACAGAAAUGUUCGACUUCUCAUCCGAAGGAGGUGGCGCACUGAUCUUCAAAAAGAGUAAGAGAGCUAAGCAGCAAGCACAGAAAGCUGGUGCAUCGUCUGAUGUUGAGAAAAGCGGAGGCGCCGACAGUAGCGGAUCUUCAGCUACUAGAGUUGGCGACUCAAAGGCCACCCCUCAAGAGCAGAACGAGGCUUUGGAGCAACUUACGAAGAGCGACUCGAUCUUCACUUGGCGAGAUGUGGAAUACACUGUACCCUACCUCGGCGGCCAGCGCAAGCUUUUGAACAAGGUCAGCGGUUAUGCUAAGCCCGGAAUUAUGGUCGCACUUAUGGGCGCAUCCGGUGCCGGCAAGUCGACGCUAUUGAACACUUUGGCGCAAAGACAACGAGUUGGUGUAAUCUCUGGUGAAAUGUUCGUUGAUGGCAAGCCCCUGGGCUCGGAAUUCCAGCGUAACACGGGGUUCUGUCUUCAAGGCGAUCUUCAUGACAAAACUCAAACUAUUCGCGAAGCCAUCGAAUUCUCGGCGCUUCUGCGACAAGAAGCAUCUAUCCCCCGUGCUGAAAAGCUCGCGUACGUAGAUAAGAUCAUCGACCUCCUAGAGCUCAACGAUCUUCAAGAUGCGAUCAUUAGCUCCCUUGGUGUCGAGUUGCGCAAGCGACUUACCAUCGGUGUUGAACUCGCCGCCAAGCCAUCAUUACUCCUAUUUCUUGACGAACCUACGUCAGGACUUGAUUCUCAAUCUGCCUAUAGUAUCGUUACUUUCUUGAAGAAACUCUGUGCCGCUGGUCAAGCCAUUGUCUGUACCAUCCACCAGCCGAGUUCAGUUCUAAUCCAGCAAUUCGACAUGGUGCUCGCCCUUAACCCUGGUGGGAACACAUUCUAUUUCGGUCCCAUCGGAGAGAAUGGCAAGGACGUGAUAAAGUAUUUCGCCGACCGCGGAGCGACCUGCCCUCCUGGGAAGAACGUCGCUGAAUUUAUCCUCGAGACAGCUGCCCGACCGCAUAAACGCCCCGAUGGCACCAAAGUCGAUUGGAAUGAAGAAUGGAGGAACAGCGAACAGGCACAACAGGUGCUUGACGAAAUUGACGGGCUAAAACGAGUUCGCAGCACGGUAUCACAGGGUGCCAAUCCUACGAAGGAGCAGCAGAGGGAAUACGCAGCGUCGACGUGGCUGCAAACGGUCGAACUCACCAAACGUAUGUUCCGGCAAUACUGGCGCGACCCCUCAUACCUCUACGGCAAGUUCUUCGUGGCGAUAAUCGUCGGCAUCUUCAAUGGAUUCACUUUCUGGAAGCUCGGAUAUACCGUCCAGGAUAUGCAGAACCGGAUGUUCACGAGCUUCAUGAUCGUCACGAUCCCGCCUACCAUCGUCAAUGCCGUAGUGCCUAAGUUCGACUCUAAUAUGGCCUUGUGGGAAGCUCGCGAAUAUCCGUCCCGUAUAUACGGCUGGGUCGCUUUUUGCACCGCUAAUAUAGUCGCCGAGCUGCCUGCUGCUGUGAUAUCCGGCGUCUUGUACUGGGCGCUGUGGUGCUGGCCUACCGGCCUCGCUAGCGACAGCCUGAUCGCUGGGUACACAUUCCUAAUGACAGUGCUCGUUUUCCUGUUUAUGUCUAGUUGGGGCCAGUGGAUCUGUGCAUUCGCCCCCAGCUUCACCGUCAUCUCCAACGUGCUACCCUUCUUUUUCGUCAUGUUUGGCCUCUUCAACGGUGUGGUGCAGUCCUACUCGAUGCUCAAUAUUUUCUGGAGGUCUUGGGUGUACUGGGCGAACCCGGGCACAUACUGGAUUGGCGGCAUGCUGGCUGCUACUCUUGACGGCAUUCCCGUCCGCUGUGAUUUAUCGGAGACCGCCCGGUUUGACGUGCCUCAGAACCAGACCUGCCAGUCGUAUGCAGGCGCAUUCGCGGAGACCGCUGGAGGCUAUUUACUUAACGCCAAUGCGACCAGCGACUGCCAAUAUUGCCCCUAUAGCGUGGGUAAUCAGUACCUUACGACGCUCAACAUCAAGUCUGAGGAUAAAUGGCGAAACUUCGGCGUCUUCUUGGCUUUCUGCUUCUCCAACUGGAUGCUCGUAUACUUCUUCAUCUAUACGGUUCGCGUUCGUGGUUGGAGCUUCGGGCUUAACUAUCUUUUCGGUACUUUAGGCAAGUUCGUGGGCGUGCUGAGGAAGCCGUUUACACGUUCUGCUAAGAAAUAAAUGAUUGAUACGAUUUUCCACUCGGCAA